CAUUUCUGUGCGACAGACCUCAGUGUACAGGAAUGCUGGGAAUGGGUGAGUCGCUGCCGAGGGCCAUAGUAUCAAAGUCUUUGAACAGUCAUUUACGGACUUGAAUAACACAGUGAAAAGAGGUAUCAGCAAAAUUGUCCUGCAGAAUCGCAUUGUUUGCAAGAGUGAGUCUUUGGCCGACUGGCGCUGUUAGUUUUAAAGCUAGCGGGGCUAAUGUUAGCGAGCGGAGCCAGGCCCAACGAAGAGUCGCACCUCGGAGUUGACUACAUUGUUUUUGUCAGCGACGCCAGUUAAACAGCUAAUAAAACAAAUGUGAUUAGUGACACUUCACUCGUUGUUCUGAAAAAUUCAAUCCCCAAAAAACUCGCAUAGUUAAUUCUGGUUCGUCAGAAAUUUGAGGCUGCUUUAGUCGCGCAUUCAACGUUAGCAUAGCCUUUAAACGUUAGCUAACUGAAUUAAAGGUAGCUAACUACAUCAAAAUAAUGACUUCCAGGAGGACAGGCUAUGCUGGUAGCAUGGAUUCCUCCACGUCAAACAGCGGCAGCAGCUCGGCCCACGGUGGAAACCGUAAACAAAGUAUCAUCAACAUUCCCGACAGGACCGGGGUAGAGUCCUGUUAUGAUCGGAAAACAGACAAGCCUGAAUACGGAGCCUCGCAGGGCAGCAUGACUGUAACGACGCUGAAGUCACGUCUCGCCCCGACCAUCCAAACUGCCAUGUCGGCCGCAGUUGAUACUCUUUUGGGCGAAGUGGUGCUUGUGCUCAAUGAGACUCAGCAAGAGCUGCUACACAAGGAACAAGAGAAUGAAAGACUGAAAGUGCGUCUUGAAGUGUCGGAGAGGGAGUUGAAGACCUUGCAGGAGUGCCUGUGUAGUGCUCAGAAGCUCAUAGAUCAGCUGCAGAUCUCGUACACAGGCCCUCAGUCGAUUAGUCAGUCAGUUUUCGCCCCGUCACUGUCUUCCAUGGCUUCAAUGACUUCAGGCUUGGACCGGGACCACCAGAAUUCCCGAAAUGUGAACGGAGCCGGUGUUGACUUGGGUCUUGGAGGCUCUGUGGAUGAUUCACUUCAUGGGUUUGAGCCAAGAGAUGACUACAAGAUGUGCCAGCUUUCAAUCCAACCAGAUGGCUCUGUGACUAACCACGCUCUGGACUUUGCGUCCAACACAUCUCACAUGUGCUCUGAUUCCAGCAGACCAGAUGAGAGGCAGUCUCAAGGACCAGGUGGAGCAUCCAGGUUUGAGAUUAAAGAGGAGCAGGGACCAACGGGCUCUGGUCCGCCCAGUAGGAAGGAGCCGGCGUUGCGUAAUGACAACAGAGUCGGGGAUGGAGAGCGAUCAUCCCACAACGUGGGUGACCUUGGCUACGUUCAAGUUGGAGGGGAGGAAGGUUCCCAGCGUUCCUUUACUCACCCUUUGCGUCACCAAAGACCUGAGCGAGACUGCAGCGGUGCCCUGCAGCAGGGCGGACUUGACGGACAGAAACAGUUGGCAAGGACUUCUGGAGGUGGAAGAGGAGACAAUGUUUCACCAGGUAGAGCAGAGGACUCAGCAGGACCUUCGGCCCCUGACACAGCAGGGGAACCCUCUGGAGAUCGGCCCCACCACUGCUUGGAGUGUGGAAAGACCUUCCGUCUGAUCUCCAGCUUGAAGAAGCACAUCCGUAUUCACACCGGAGAAAAGCCCUACCCGUGUGGAGUCUGUGGCCGCCGCUUCCGCGAAUCAGGGGCGCUUAAGACCCAUUUACGCAUACACACAGGUGAGAAGCCAUACUCUUGCUCUGAGUGUGGAAACUGCUUCCGCCACUUGGACGGUUUGCGCAAACACAGGCGCACGCACACCGGAGAGAAACCCUACGUGUGUGCCAUCUGUGGGAAGCGCCUGAGCCGCCUGCAGCACCUCAAACACCACCAGCUCAUCCACACCGGGGAGAGGCCGUGCUGCUGCCCCUUCUGCAACCGCAGCUUCAAGGAGCCCGCAGCGCUGCGAAAACACAUCCGCAUACACCGGGAGGAAGGCGGUCACAUGGGAAUCGCUGCCAGUGAUGACACGGACCCAGAUGCCAUGGACGACAUUAACAAUCUCCACCCAGCAGCUCCGUCCCCUCAGAUGAGGUUUGGGGAGUGGGGAGCUGAGGAGGAAGACGGCUCGGUCGUGGAUUGCGUGUAGAGAAUGAUUGACGGAGUGACCGUCUCGUAAAACGCAUGGACUGAGGUGUUUGUGUAGUCUGUAAACAUGGUGAUUAAGGUCAUCUCUGUUCCAUGCUGUUGAGGUGAAGAACCAGGCUACAUGUAACCCGAGCCUUGGAGUUUCGUUUAUCUCAUUUUCAUAUUUCAUACUCUUAAAUGUAAAAAAAAAAUAUCUUUUAAAAUAUCUGUUGCACAUUCUUCAACUGCAAGUAUUUGUUUUCUGGGCAUUCCUCAAGCAGCAGCAGUAGCGGACAGAUUAGUCUUGGCACAGGAAGUUGCUGGUUUUUCCAACUUUCUGGCAAUAAUUUGGGAAAUUGACGGUAGGGGUGGACAAGAGCCGCUCUCCCACUUUUAAAGUCUAAGUGCCUUGAACACUCACUCAAACAUCGUCAUUGACUGCUGCUGCUGUUUGAUCCAGAUAGUUCCCACCUUCAUUUCAGUCUGGACGCACUCUUGUGACUCUGGUCAUGACUUUCUUGUAGUUUGACACACUAGUCAGAAUUUGAAUUUGCUGUCGUUCUUGGCUUUUGCGGACACACUUAGCUGUUCAAACAGAAAGAAAAGGAUCCGCAGGGCUGCUCCAUGCUUCAUAUGUGGACAGACAUGCAAGAGUACAGAGCAUGUACGCUGUGUGGCUGGGCAUUACUGAGUAGACCAAAUAUCACAGUAUUUUUAGUUCAGUUUUUUGAGCUUGAAAAAAGGAUAAUAUUUGGGUAUGGGUCUUGGUGCUUUUACAUAAUAUUUAAAAACUCAGAUGUGGUGGAAGCAUCUUCAUUUCGCUGAGCUGGAACAACCGAUUAAACUAAAAAAACUGGUUCUUUUUAACUUUCAUGCUGAUCUUAAGAUCAGGAACAGAAAACAUUAACAAGCUGGCAUUAUUUACCAAAAUCCCAAACAAUCUCUCUCUUCUGUUAUGAUAGCAGACUUCCGACUCUACUUGGGUAUUCAUCCUCGCUGUGCUGCCACUCGAUUCAAGUUUUUGAUGGUGCAAAAUAGGACAGCCGAAAACAAUAGAACUUAUCAGUUAAUAAAAAUCAAAUUCUCUUUUACAGUAGUUGUCCUGCUACAGGUGGAAAAGUGCUUAUGAAGGACCAGUGCACAGCUUUGAAUAUUUUUUCGGUGCCACAGAUGUCACUAUGCUCCAGUAAACAUUAAUGUCAAAAAAUGCUACUUGAUAAAAGAGGGAAAAUGAGAAACCCAGUGGACAUAAUCUGCAUUGCGUUCUACCCCGAUGAGGCCAUUUUUAAGUCAAAACGCCUCAUUCUGACUGCAUUUACUCUGUUGUGUCUUCAUGAAGUGUGAACCAGUCCUUCAGUCGAGGGCGUCUCAUUGUGAGGCCGCGCUCUGCUCCGUCUUAUCUCUUGUCUCUCUGUAGAGCCCUCAUCAGUUACACAAUCCAGAUGUUUUCAGUCCAGCGGAAGUUGUGUGUGUCAAGACUAAACUUGAAGAUAUCCAUGCAUACACAAAAGUCGUCGGGCUGUUUGAAGAGGACCUGGGCACAGCCCGUUGUUAUCAGCAUGCACCCAGAUCAGCUGUUUAAACAUUUUGCUGCCCCUUGGGUCUGAUUGUUAUCUCUCUCUUUCUCUUUCUCAUGGACCAUGUCUUGGCAUUCCGGAUUUUUUUGUCCCCCCCCGAGCUGCUGCUGUAUGUCUAGAGAGCCUCACCUUUCCUGGACUUGUAUUAUUGUUACCAGCCAGUUACUUAGCAGACAGACUUUGGUGCUUGCAUGUGCACAUCUGUUCCUCUCCCGGCUGCUGCUGUAAAUAAGAAGGUAGUUUUAGCCAUUUUAUCCGGUUGAAUGAGGGUUAACUUUGGUGAAAAAGUUCAUGUGCAACAAUUACUUCUUUUUUUUUUUUCUUAAGAAAAAAAAAACAACAAUAAUGUAACGUGCUUUGAAAACACUGGUAUGCUAACAUUCAGUGUAAAUAUAUCUAAUCUUACUAAAUUUCUUCAUGAUGUUCUUCCUGAUGCUUCAGGCUUUAUAGCAGAGCGUAAUCCUUCUCUACUGUACGUCUCCGGUGUCAUUUCAUGUACACUACUAUAACGACCUCCAUGUAACUACUCUGUGUACAUUUACAGGUAUCAAGUCAUUUUACAAGACACUCAAAAUGUUAAAUAUCUGUUACUGUAUACCCAGAAUACGAUUUGCCAAGGUAGUCCCCACCCAGAUAAUCAUAUUUAUUGUUUUUUGUUGUUUUGUUUUUUUUUGCAUUAUAUACAGGGAUGCCUUUGCAUGUAGGUUUAAGCUGAAAUGGCAUUUGUCCUAAAGAAGUCAGUGUUAAAUGUGAAUUGAAUUACUUUUUAUGCUUCUGUGUUCAAAACACCCCUUCCCCCCACACACCCACACACACACACUCAUGACGUUCAUCCCAUUACCUACUGUAAAUGUUACUAUAUUAAAGGGCCUUGUUUGUA